ACUACAAUAACUUGCUUUCCAUUUUGCAUGUGUGAGAUAGAGAGAGAGAGAGAUCUAGAGCUCAAAAAUGGGCAGAAGUCCUUGCUGUUCUAAGGUGGGAAUGAAUAGAGGAGCUUGGUCUGCUGAAGAAGACAAAAUUCUCACUGAUUACAUCGCAACCAAUGGUGAAGGAAAAUGGAGAAAUCUUCCAAAGGAAGCAGGUCUAAAGAGAUGUGGAAAGAGUUGCAGGCUUCGGUGGAUAAAUUAUCUCAAGCCUGACAUCAAGAGAGGAAAUAUUACAUCUGCUGAAGAGGACCUCAUUAUUAGGCUCCACAAGCUCUUAGGCAAUAGAUGGGCUCUCAUAGCCAAGAGGCUGCCUGGGAGAACAGACAAUGAAAUCAAGAACUACUGGAACACUGUCCUUAAAAAGAAGCUGACCAAUAAAGGUAAGGAAGCAAGCGACGAUAACAAGAAAAUCAAACCUUCAGUUAAGAGUGUGCCAGAGGUGGUCAAGACCAAGGCAUUUAGGUUCACAAAGGUCUUUGUUGCACCACAACAAGACAAGCAUGAAGCUUUUGAUGAUAAUAAUAAUAAUGUCCCUCAAGAACCUAUCUACUCUGAGAACGAUAACCUUGAAAUGGAAUUGAAAUCCAUUGAUUGUCAACAACCACUUCCGUUGGUUUCUUUUGAUGAAGAAGAAAAGUCAUCAAAUUUUGCACUAAACUUUAGCACGGAAGAGCUUUUGAUGUUUGAUAAUUUCGAAACGGAUAUUUGGAAUUUAUGCAUGUUUGAUGAUAAUAUGGAAGGAGAGGCUAACAAUGGUGGUGCCAAUGAUCUUUGCUCACUUUUGGAUGAGCCUCUUCCAUUCUAUGAAGAGAAUUCUGAGCAGAUGCAUUGGAUCUAGAUUAAUAUACUGUUUGAUAACUUCUUAUAAGUUAACCUUAGUUGGUACAAAAGGUUAGAAUUGACACCCCAUGAAGCAGAAAGGCAUUCUCACUCUCUCUUUAUUUUAUAUUUUAUUUUUAGCUUCUCCUUGUGAUAACAAUUUGUACAACUUGGUAUAGAGAUUCAAAGUAGCUUGUACACUGUAACACCAAGUUGACUACUUUUGAAUAUUGUGAAAUAAAACAUCUAGGUUUAAAUA